AUGUCUAUCACAAGACUGGUACGCUCAGGUCCUCGGCAGGUCAGCAGGAUAUCAUCGACUGCCCUUCGUCCGGUACCCAUAACCACCCCGAAAUAUCCCUCAUCUCAAAACACCUUCCGAAAGACCCAUACCCUCCUCUCGGAACCCUCUGUGAUCCUCUCGAGGCAAUAUGCAUCAGCAGCAACUGCCAUCAGACCUCCCGAACCUAUUCCAAUACCUAUAGAAGACGAAAUAAUCUCCAGACCUGUACAAGGAGCAGGCGACAUCGUACCUGUCUUACAGGAUAUACAGAAUCUGUUGGAAAAUGAGAUUGGAGGUGAUGAUGUAUGGUCAAAGAGGAUAAGGAAUAGCAUAGAAGAUCUGUCAGUUGAGAGAAGAGGCAGGAUAGCUGUCAUCGGUGACUCUCUCGCUGCACCUAGAGAUGUAGUCUCAGCUCUACUGCAAGACCCACUGGCGGAUACUGAAGCGAGUAGAAGAGCUUUGCUGAGUAGACAUGAGGGAGCGAAUAUAGAUGUUUUCCAGAUAGGGCAUGGUCCCAACCCGCAUAGAGAACCAGAAUCAUUGUCCCUAUCCGCUUCAUGGCUUCAAGUAACCGGAUACGAUGUGGUCGAAGUCAAUACCAAGAAAGCAGAAGAGACGAUAUCGACUCUCCUCUCAACUGAUUCCCUUCUUCUCGUCCUCGACCCAAUCAGACUGAUCGACACACCUCAAAUCUCUUCUAUACUCCCUCUCGCUCUGUCUCGCGGAUCUGUUCAUCUGGUGAUCAACGGUCAUCUCCCUCCCAACACAUCUCAAACAGCCAUAGAAGCCAAAGUACGGGAACAGCUAAGCAAAAUCAAGGUUGAUCCGUUAGAAGAACUGACAUUCGACCCCACUUCCAUACCAGUAUCUUUCGUCAAAGCUGAGAAAGCUUUGAACGCCCUCGACGCUUUAGCGGCCGGCCUACAGGAUCAUGGUCCAUCAACUUCAGCCUCCAAAACAAGAGCUUUUGAGGUCUUCCAGAAACAAUUCUUAGAAUCGCAUAUUGGUCCAUUACAAUCAUCCCUUCUUCAAUCACUCAAAUCCGUCUCAGAACCCCAAAUAUCAACAUCCCGUCAGGUCGCUGGAUUAGCACUGUCACACGUUGAAAAUACAAUAUCAACCGAUAGGGACAUAGUCAAAGAUGCUCUACAUACGGUAUCCGAGCUUCGUCGAGGAGCACAGCAAGGUGCAUCAAAAGCUAAACAUCUCAGUGUGGCUAGUAGAGGUAUAGAAGGGGGUUUGGUGGAAGGCUCGGUCGAAUACGAUAUGAACAAGGUGAAAAAUCAAUUGGAAGAAAGGUUCAAUGGUAGAUUAAGCUGGUUAGGGUUGAUCGGAAGGACAAGAGUAGAUGAUGUUCAAUUCGAAUUGACCAAUCACCUGAAUAAUCAUUUCGCUACGGACUUAGAGAAACAAAUCAUAUUUGAAUCUGGUCGAUUAUCACAUUUACAAAUUCAAUUAGAUCAAUUAUCAGAUCACACUAUACGCCAACUAUCACAUUCACAAUCCCAUUCCACCUCCACAACCCAUCCAUUCACUUCUCCCCUAUUAUUGAAUCACUUAUCGACCUUAUCACUUUCCAUACCGCCUCUCACCCCCACAUCAUUGACUUCACCGAUAUCGACCAGGCGAGAACAGUUGUUGACUCAGUCAAUACCGAGAUUACACUCGUCUGCCCAGCGUGCCCUGCUCACCACUUACGCUACGUCCUUGUUGGGGGUAUCACUAAGUUGGAUGAGCUAUGUCCCACCUAUAAGUCUCACUUCCGCGCCGACGGCUGUAGGAUUAGGUAUACUCAGUGUGGUGGCUUCAUUAGCUCUAGGACAGAGACUAUGGGGCAAAGCGCAGAAGAAGUUCUGGAGGGAUUGGAAGAGAAUAACGGGAAUGAUGAAAGGUGAUUUAGAGACACGCUUCGAUACCGCUUUACGUACUCAAGUAUUGGCGAAACCGCUCGUAGCGGCCGAGGGACUGGAAAAGUUGAUACAGAAACGAGAAAAGAGGUUGGACGAUUUGCAGGAUAAAAUCAACGGGUUGAGCAAGAGGAUAUGA